AUGUACACUUAUUUCUUGACGGCCGCCAUUGUCGCUGGCGCUACCCUCGUCCAGGCUGAUGCCUCUUCUUAUAACCAGAACGCUGGGGAUCAGUUGCUUCGGUGGUUCAACUCUAACACGGGUCUCUUCUAUGAUAACAGUAACAACCCGUACUGGUGGCAGGGAGGGAAUAUGCUUACCACCCUCGCUCUUUUCGGCAAGCUCGAUUCUGGUGUCGCCAGCCAGGUUGCUCCUGUCAUCAACCAGAUCUAUACCAAUGCCCCCAAGAACAAGCCUUUUGCUAGUGCCAAACAAUCUAGCGACAUGUCAACUUACGAAAAGGUCUAUAUUCCCCGCAACAAGCUUGCUGGCCGCUCUCCCCUCCUCCGUCGCCAGGGAGACGUUGGUUUCAUCAACUCAUUUUAUGACGAUGAGGCUUGGUGGGCUCUUGGCUUCAUCGCCUCUUGGGAGCUUACUGGCAGGAUUGAAUACCUCAAUGAGGCCAUCUACAUCUGGGAUGACAUGACCGCUGCCGUCGGUACGACCCCUUGCGGUGGCAUCUGGUGGGAUAAGGCCAAGACCUAUGUCAACGCUAUUGCUAACGAGUUAUACCUUCACCUCUCCGCCGCCAUUGCCAAUAACGUUGGCAGUGAUGUCAAGCAGAAAUACGUGAAUGCCGCUAGCAACCAAUGGAACUGGUUCAAGGGCACCGGCAUGAUCAACUCUCAGAAUCUCGUCAACGACGGCCUUGACUCUAAUUGUAAGAACAACGGCCACCCCACAUAUACCUACAACCAGGGCGUUAUCCUGAGUGCCCUCGCCAAGCUUUACAAGGCUACAGGCGACAGCUCCUACCUUGACCAAGCGUCCCUCAUCGCCAAUGCUGCCAUAAGUACCCUCGUCGACUCCAACGGCAUCCUUGUCGACGACUGUGACAAAAACAAGAACUGCUCUGGUGAUGGUGAACAGUUCAAGGGUGUCUUCACCCGUGGUCUCCGUGAUCUCUAUGACCAGCGUCCCAACGCCUCUUGGAAGACGUUUAUUGAAAGAAAUGCUCAAUCCAUUUGGAACAAUGAUCUGGCCAUUCAAAACGGCGGAUGUUUUAAUGGCGCUUAUUGGGGUGGUCCCUACGCCACCGCCGAUGCGAGCACUCAGUCUUGUGCUUUGGAUACGAUCGUUGCUGCUCUUGCCAUUAACUAA